GUCAAUGUAACUGAGGGCCACCUCCAUUUCCCAUCACCAGCCGGCCAGCCCCUUCUCAAGGGUGCUCUCCCGAGGCCGUCGACAGUCCAAUGGAUCGACAGCGAACCCGCUCUGACUCUGCUUGGCUGGAGGUGUGAUAUAAUGUAAAUGAUAAAGGGAGCGUGGUGCUCCCCUCCCCCUCCAAUGCCUUCUCUCCUCUCCCUGCCCACCCCUCGCUCUCUCCUCCCCCCUCCCAUCACCGCCACCACUUUCCUCUAGGCAACCCGGCUCGGUCACGAUGCUCUGCCUGGCCGUCCUGACAGCUGCGGCCGCAGUGUCGGCUCGCGUGCUCGACAGCGUCCCCGACGUCCCCAUCGGAUGGACCAAGGUCUCGGCCGCCCUGCCCACCGACAAGCUCGCCCUCAAGAUCGGCCUCAAGCAGCAGCAUGCCGCCGCCCUCGAGCAGGCCGUGCUGGCCGUCUCCUCGCCGGGCCACCCAAGCUACGGCAAGCACCUGACCCGCGAGGAGCUGCGUUCCUACGUGGCCCCCACGGAGCAGUCCGUCGCCGACGUCACCGCCUGGCUCGCCAAGCACGGCGUCGUCCCUGCCGUGGACAACGACUGGAUCACCAUCUCCACGGACGUCAAGACGGCCGACGCCAUGCUCGACGCCGAGUUCGGCUGGUACGAGUACGAGAAGGGCGGCGGCCUCAAGCUGCGCACGCUCAGCUACGGCGUGCCGGACGAGAUCGCGCAGCACGUCGACCUGAUCCAGCCCACGACCAGGUUCGGCCAGCUGGGCGACAAGAGGUCGACCAUCUUCGACCUUGUCAUCCUCGACGACGACGACGAGGAUGACGACGUGGCCGCCCUCAAGGAGUCCGUGGCGGCGACCCCUGCCGCGGCGGCCGCUGCUUGUGGCACCAGCGUCACGCCAGCUUGUCUCAGGUCGCAGUACAACAUCGGUUACACGCCCGAGGCGCAGGGCAACCUGAUCGCCUUCGCGUCGUACCUCGAGGAGUACGCCCGGUACGCCGACCUCGAGACGUUCACGGCCCAGCAGCUCCCCGAGGCUGCCGGCCAGAACUUCUCAGUCACCACCAUCAACGGCGGUCUCAACGACCAGAACAGCGCCGACGACUCUGGCGAGGCAAACCUGGACCUGCAGUACGUCCUGGCGACGAGCCACCCGAUCCCAAUCCUGGAGUACAGCACCGGCGGCCGUGGGCCCCUGAUCCCCACGCUCAACAACAAGUUCCCGUCCACCAACGAGCCCUACCUGGAGUUCCUGACCUACGUCCUGGCCCAGGACGACGCGGACCUCCCGCAGACGCUGACGACGUCGUACGGCGAGGAGGAGCAGUCGGUGCCGCGGGACUACGCCCUCAAGGUGUGCAACAUGUUCAUGCAGCUGGGCGCCCGCGGCGUGUCGGUGCUCUUCAGCAGCGGCGACUCGGGCCCGGGCGGCGCGUGCAAGUCCAACGCCGACAACAAGACCACGACCUUCCAGCCGACCUUCCCCGCGGGCUGCCCCUACGUGACGGCCGUGGGCGCCACGACGGGCUCGGCGCCCGAGCGCGGCGUGUCCUUCUCGUCGGGCGGCUUCAGCAUCUACCACGCCCAGCCGGCCUGGCAGGCGGCCGCCGUCCCGGCCUACCUGGGCUCCAUCGGCCGCACCUACGCGGGGCUGUACAACGCGUCGGGCCGCGGGAUCCCCGACGUCGCGGCGCUGGGCCAGUCGUUUGUCGUGUACGACAAGGGCCGCAAGGCGUCGCUGUCGGGCACGUCGGCGUCGUCGCCCGCGUUCGCCGGGGUCGUGGCCCUGCUCAACGCCGCCCGCAGGUCGCAGGGCAGCGCCCCCUUGGGGUUCCUCAACCCCUGGCUGUACGAGAACUCGGCCGCGCUCCUGGAUAUUACUUCCGGCUUCUCGAGCGGCUGCCAGAACGCCGGCGGCGGCCUGCCCGCGUCCGGGGCGCGGUGGAACUGCACCGCCGGCUGGGACCCCGUCACGGGGCUCGGGACGCCCCUCUUUGACAAGCUGCUGGCUGCUGCUGCCCCUGGUGUUGCGAAUGCGUGAGGGGGAGUCUUCCAGAUAUCUCUGUGGUGAUGGGGGAAACUGGCCUAGAUAAUGCAUGCAGCGUUACUUUUAUUUCAUAAUUCGGACCUACAUUUCGAUGACCAAUCUUUCAUUCCCAGGCUGAAGUAUGUAUAUAUGCUUGAAUGACACGUGCCC